AUGGGAGACUACGGAGAGGGAGGCCCAGUCUGCAAAUAUCUUCUAACUUCUUCGGAAAAGGUUGUUCCAUUCGACGUGCAAGUCAUCGACCAGUUCACAGGAGCUGCCGUCAUUAGAGUCAAGGAUGCUACUAUCCUUGACUGCCGAAAAAGUGAGUACGAGCUGCAGGUGGUGGCAGUGCGAUGUGAAGACGACAGCAUUCGAAGUGAACCAGUCGCUCUCAAAGUCUCAGUGAAGGACACAAACAAUCACUCGCCCGAGCUUGACAGUCCGUGGUACACAUUCACUGUGGACGAAGGCAAGACUUACGAUGAAAUCGCCACUCUGAAGGCUACCGACAGUGACUGCGGCAAUCCAUAUGGGCAAAUCUGUGAUUUUGAGCUCGCUAAUAGCCUCAACGACUUCCCAUUUGCUAUCAACAAUCAAGGAGUUCUCCGAAAUACGAAGCCAUUGAACUACUCUGCAGCGAAGUCAUACAUCCUCACUGUUGUUGCAAUUGAUUGUGGGAUGAGAAGGAGUAAAAGUGCUUUGGUCACGGUCAACGUAAAGGAAAGGUGCGCACAAGGGCAUACAGGGCUGUCUGACAGGCUUACAUACAUCGCCGGAAGUGGGCCGAAAUUGAUUUUACCAGAUGUUCGAAUCCGCGUCUGCGAACAGGAAGCAGCUUGUGUUGUGAAGAAUGUUCGCAGCACUGUGAGUUUGCAAGCGGGACAUGUAACAAAGGGAUGCACAAGGGACACUAUCUUCUCCAACGAGACCAUCCAAAGCUGUGGUCUCUCGUCAGCAACAGUUCCUCUUCUUCCUGCAAGGUCAAUGUUCGCUGGCGAAGAAGAUACAGAAGUUGCGUUUGACGGCGUAAGUAAUGCGGUCAUCAUCCCCUCAGGACGUGUUCCAGAGAUCAUCCCAGACAAAUUCUCUUUGUCGUUUUCAAUGAAGCACACACGUGGCACGAAAGAUGACCAGAAGAAUAAGAAGAACAUCCUCUGCGAGUCCGACGAAGAAGGAAUGAAUCGCCACCACUUCUCCGUCUACGUCCGUCACUGCAAACUCGAGGUGGUCCUGAGGAGAGAAGCUGGCAGCAAAGCCGAAUUCCGCGCAGCUGAAUGGAGAUGGGCUAUCCCACAGGUGUGCGAUGAUGAAUGGCACUCAUAUACCCUCUUCUUCAAUGGAGUCGAUGACGUCAGCUUGAUGAUCGAUGGCGUAUCCUUCAAAGCUGACGAGAGAAACCCAGAAAUUCUGGACGAUUGGCCGCUACACCAAACUCAAACUAUGAAGACGAGACUCGUUGUUGGAGCAUGUUGGCACGGUCGACACCAAGCAAUGGCACAAUUCUUCAAAGGAUCACUCUCCAGCGUUUAUCUUCUCAGCGGGGAAACAGAAAGUCAGAGCGCUAUUGAAUGCGCCCAUCGCUGCCCUGAACAGCUGCAAUUCACGGGGAUAGAUGAAAUAGUAGAAGGGCAGAGUGUGACGUUCAGUCCUGACCAGUCAACUAUUACUCUAAACUCGUCGACGAUCCCGGAAAUCGACAUGAUGCUUCGGAGGAUCUCAUAUGUGAACACGCAGGAGAAACCCGUACUAGGACACCGACGCUGGACUCUCACUUCAAUCGUGAAUUGCAAGGGAGGAAAACAGCUUAUGCUGCCUAUCUCGAAGGGUUACCUGUUUGUGGAACGGGAAGCUGACCCUGUUCUUUUCCUCUCUGGCUCUGUAAGUCUGGAUAUCGACCAACACUCUGUUAAAGUCGGCACUGCAAUGAUCUCCGACAUCCAAAUCACCGUCAGUCAACCUGAAAGCGAUGGUAAAAUGAAGGAUGUGACCUCAUCGCAUGUGCUAAACUACUGCAAAGUGCAUCUGAAGCCGUCGAGAGACAUGGAUUUGGAGUACUUUUCUUCGCCUGCCUCACUGAUCGCUGCUCUCCAAAUCGACUUCGAACAUGAUAAAGAAAUUCGUGAUGUUUCGGUUUCGCAAGGUUUUAGCGAUCUCACAGUGCUACAUGGGCAUUUCGUGAAUUCUGUAUGA